GCCGCAGCGCGGCGGCGCAACCGCUCCCGGCCCGGCCCGGCCCCGCCCGCUGCUCUCGGCAUGACGGCGGCGGGCGGCGGCGGCAGGAGCUGCUUCGUGCUGGGCGCCUCCGGGGAGACUGGCCGGGUGCUGCUGCGGGAGCUGCUGGCCCGGCGGGCCUUCGCCCGGGUCACGCUGAUCGGGCGGCGCCGGCUGAGCCUGGGCGAGGCGGCGGCGGCGGCCGUGGAGCAGGCGGUGGUGGACUUCGAGCGGCUGGGCGAGCACGCCGCCGCCUUCCAGGGACACGACGUGGGCUUCUGCUGCCUGGGCACUACCAGGGCCAAGGCUGGCGCAGAUGGCUUUGUCCGUGUGGAUCGGGACUACGUGGCGCAGGCAGCAGAGCUGGCGCGGGCAGGGGGCUGCAAACACUUUGUCCUGCAGUCCUCCCGGGGGGCAAACCCACAGAGCCGCUUCCUCUACCUCCGUGUGAAGGGAGAAGUGGAAAACCUGGUCCAGGCUGUUGGUUUUGAUCACUGUACCAUUCUCCGGCCAGCGGUGCUGCUGUGCAAGCGCCAGGAGUCCCGGCCCAUGGAGUGGAUAGCCCAGCAGUUCUUGGGUGCUGUGGCUCGGCUGUUCCCCACUGCUUACUCAGUGCCUGUGGAAAUGGUAGCCAGGGCUAUGGUGGCCUGCGUGCUGCAGCCAGGAGAGGGGAAGGUAAAGGUGCUGGAGAACAGGGCCAUCCAUGAGCUGGGAAAUGCAAUGCCACAGCAGGGCACAUAGAGCAGAAGGGAUGGCAGGCAGGAGCUUGGUUCGUGCUUCAGAUGCUCUCUGGGCUGAGGAUGAGCACAUGCAUGGGAGAGGUGUGGGGUGCUUGCAUGGCUAGUGUGGAGCCAGAGGUACAUCCACUUCUUUGCACUUUGGCUCAUUCUGUCAAGGGAUCAAAAAUGCUGGCUGCUGGGUGAGGAUAAACAAUGUGCUCUGCUGCCUGGAUCCAUAAUAUGAAUACGGGUAAAGAUGAUGUAAUCCAGGCCUUGAAUAAAACCCUGUGACUGA